CUUCUGGGGGGGGGGGCUGGCGGAAAUUAAUGGAGACUCGGAUAAGGAUCUGACAGCAACCCCACAUUCUAUUUCCGUGCUGGUGGUGGUUCUGAGGUUGAUUGAGCGAUAACGCGAUAACGAAUGACCUGCGUGCGUCUGAGCGUGUGAAACACCACAUGGUCGCAAGGGUCCCGAGCUUCCAGAAAGAUCCUGCCCCUGCGAGGAAGGGCCGCCCUGCUCCACCGCCUGCACGGGUCACCAAAACGGUCGGGAUGGAGGCCAAACGAGAAGCGAUAAUAGUUGCCGACGGCGAAGUUCUGCCGCGGGAUGCUUGCUGCACCGCUGCUUCUGCUUCUGCUGCUGCUGAGGAGCUGGCGACUUGCUACCAGAAUAAUGUGUCAUGCAGUUAAAAGUAAUCCUAUGAGCCGGGAUUCCAGGUUGGCAGGCUUGGCAAGGCAAGACUGUACGCAAUUAAGUACGAUCCCUCAACGGAGCGCGGGGUUGGAGACCUGUUUUCUCUGGCACUGCGGCAGAAACAAUCAAGUAAUGUGGAGUUUCGUUGCAGAUGAUUGAGCCUGAGAGGACUUACAAGGACGCGUACUCGAUCGCAGCACGAUGUGCAGCUAUUUGUUGCAGCGGACGGGGGGGGGUUGUUCAUGGUUCUGGAGAGGAUCGCUGGAGGGACCAGCAAUGAGAUGAUGAGCAAAGCAGGCUGUCGCAGGCUCGCAACGGCGUAUCAGGCAUUGCACUCGCACUCGCACCUCACACUCUCUGACCAAGCCCGGUCCAUGAUCCUCUCGAGGCGUGGAUGGGGGCAAAUCG